AUGGCGGACAUUGAACAAACGUUUCAUCAAGUGAGAGUUUGUGAAGAAGAUAGAGACUCUUUGCGCUUUUUGUGGAGAGACUUAGAUGACACGAAGAGACCAAGUGAAUAUGAGAUGACUGUUCACGUGUUUGGCGCUGUGGAUUCACCGUGUUGCGCAAACUAUGCGUUGCAGAGAACUGCUCGUGAUCAGCAAGGGAAAUUCAGCGAGGAUGCCAUCAACGCUGUUCGACGUAAUUUCUAUAUGGAUGACCUCCUAGCAUCGAAGCAAAACUGCGAUGAAGCCACAGGUCUGGCUAAAGAUUUGAUAGGAAUCCUAGCAACUGGUGGGUUUCGCCUAACGAAGUGGAUGUCAAACAGCCGAGAAGUGCUCACAGCAAUCCCUUCGUCAGAAGUGGCGUGCGACAUUAUUCACUUAGAUCGUAAUGGAUUGCCUCAAGAAAGAGUCUUAGGCGUCAAGUGGUGUGCAGAGCAAGAUCUGCUGAGUCUUGAACCAGCGAAGAGUAAAUUCCCAAACACCAAGCGAGGAAUAUUGAGUGUCACGAGUAGCGUGUUUGAUCCCCUAGGCCUUACUGCGCCCUACGUAAUAAAGGCGAAACUGAUCAUCCAAGAGUUGUGA